CUAUCCUGACCCGCCUGUCGCCCUUGGUCUCGGUCUGGGUCGGCAGGUACGUGAUGCGUGUGCCUGAGGACGACCAGUGGGGGGUGCGGCAGGAGAGCGGCGUCUGGUCAGGCACCGUGGGGACCCUGCAGCGCCACCUCGCGGACUUCUCGAUGCUCCUCAACUGGUCCUCGCUCCGCCUCACCGUCAUUGACUUCUCCCGCAUUUACGCCGCCGAGCCUCUGGUCAUCGUGUCCACCCAGCCACGCCCUCUGCCCCACUACCUCGCCCUCGUCGCCCCCUUUACAGGUGCUGGCGGGUUGGUGGCUGGUGUUCGGGUUCCUGAUGGCCUCCAUGUACCGCUCGUCGCUCAUAGCUCACCUCUCCGUGCCGGCACUCAGCGCGCCCGUGGACACCUUCGCGCAGUUGGUGGGCCGCGCCGGCUGGACGUGGGGGCUCGAGCCAACCUACGGCGCGGAGUGGGAGUGGUUCAGGAGCAGCGUCUCGCCCACCGUCAGGAAGGUCUUUGAGGGAAUAGAGGUGCUGGAGACGGAGAAACACCUGCGGCGCGUCAUGGAGGGCCGCCACGCCCUGCUCACCUGGAAGUUCUACAUUCAGUCUCUCGUCGCCUCCCGCUUCACCGACGCCAGCGGGUACUCGCCCCUCUACAUCGGCCGCUCCCAGCACUACGUCAGCACCGGCUACGGCUGGGGCUUCAGGAAGGGCGCUCCGUUCCUCCGUAGCAUAGACGCCGCCAAACAACGGCUGCUGGAGGCGGGGCUCGUCAACUACUGGCUCAACGACCUCAUCGAAGCCUCGGCGCAGAAGGCCAGGACGGAGCGGAAGGCGGAGGGGAGGCAGAUGAAGGCGAGGGCGGUGGAGGAGUCCGGGCGCGUGGUGCUGGGCUUAGGGCACCUCCAGAUGGCGCUCUACCUCCUCCUGCUGGGCUGCGGGGUCGCCUGCGUCACCCUGAUGGGGGAGGCUGCCUGGCGCCGCUGAGGAUGAUACCACCACCCAGCUUACCAUUGUACAGUCGGGAAUAUAAGGGUCGUAUUUGAAGACAUUUCCUCGUCCAAGAACACCUAUUUGACAAGACUUUCGUAGUUGUGGGCAUUUCCAGGAGUAGUUUUUGACCCUGGUGGUAGUGUGACCCUUCUUCUGUACCAUGAACCUGAAGAAACACUCAUAAGAAUCUGACUGACCCCUUCUUUGACCUCUAGAAAUUGGUGAUGUGAGAAGCGAAUUUGUCUUGUAAUACCGACCUAAAUAUCAACCACCUUUAGGUUGACUGAAUAGAAUUUGAGCGAAAUCCGUAGACAUGGAUCGGCAUUGUCAGACGCUUCCACCUCUCACAUCAACUCUUUCCAAAGGCCAAAAAAGGGAUUAGCCGUGUUUUCAUGAGUGUUUUUUAGUUUCAUGGUACAGAAGAAGAGUCAGACUACCACCAGGGUCAUUAAACUAUCACUGGAAAUGUCCAAAAUCCCUACGAAAGCCUUGUAUUCAAUUACGUGGUUAGGUCAAUUCUGUUGGUUAGGUGGGCAGCAAUGGGUUGACUCUAGCCAUAGGUCGACCCGUGGGUGUUCGAUACUUUUUUUGCCGACCGUACAGCCUUGCAAUACCCUCACGUCUUCUGGGAUUUCCUACAACGUGGGAAAAUUAUCAUGGUUUGCAGACUUCAUUAUGCGCAUUAUUCAUAGAGCUUGUAAACAUGACUAAGCUGUGGACAAUAA